CUCGGCGAGUGGCUCCAGCUGCAGCAGCCGUCCCGUCCCCGUCCCUGUCCCUGUCCCUGUCCCCGCACCUCAGCGGCUGCAGCCGCCGCCGGCCCCGCGUCUGCUCCCUGCUACUCAGGGCCCGGGGGGCUGCUGUCCUUCCCGCCCCGCAAUGAACCCCCCGUCGGCAGCCGGUGAGGACAAGGGGGCUGCAGGCAGCGGCAGCUGCUGCCGAGGAGCCGAGGGCGGCGGGGACACGAGGAGCUCGGCGGCCGCCGCCGAGGAGGAGAUGGGAGUCGCCGGCCAGAAGGAAGAGUCCCUGGAAGAAAAGCUGAGGAACUUAACCUUCAGGAAGCAGGUGUCCUACAGGAAAGCAAUCUCCAGAUCAGGCCUCCAGCAUCUGGCUCCUGUGCACUCCCUCAGCAUCGCAAUCUCCAAUGGGCCAGGGAAGGAGCCAAGAACAACACUAGAAUGGAGUGAGAAUGCAGUGAAUGGAGAGCACCUGUGGCUGGAGACCAAUGUCUCUGGGGACCUGUGUUACCUGGGGGAAGACAGUUGCCAAGUCAAAUUUGCAAAAUCGGCUCUCCGACGAAAGUGUGCUGCCUGCAAGAUUGUGGUCCACAAUGCAUGCAUGGAACAGUUAGAGAAGAUUAAUUUCCGGUGCAAACCAACUUUCCGAGAGGGGGGCUCCAGAUCUCCAAGAGAAAACUUUGUCCGACAUCACUGGGUGCAUAGGCGGAGGCAGGAAGGAAAGUGUAAGCAGUGUGGAAAGGGAUUUCAGCAAAAAUUCUCCUUCCACAGUAAAGAGAUUGUGGCCAUCAGUUGUUCCUGGUGCAAGCAGGCGUUUCACAACAAAGUCACCUGCUUCAUGUUACAUCACAUCGAGGAGCCGUGUUCCCUGGGGGCUCAUGCUGCUGUCAUUGUGCCUCCCACCUGGAUCAUUAAGGUGAAGAAAGCUCAGAACUCAUUAAAAACUUCAACCCGGCGGAAGAAGAGAACAUCCUUUAAAAGAAAAGCCAGCAAAAGAAGCAAUGAGGAAAACAAAGGCCGACCAUUUGUGAUAAAGCCCAUCUCUUCGCUGCUCAUGAAACCACUGCUGGUGUUUGUCAAUCCAAAAAGUGGAGGGAAUCAGGGCACUAAGGUUCUCCAGAUGUUCAUGUGGUACUUGAAUCCACGCCAAGUCUUCGAUCUCUCUCAGGAAGGGCCAAGAGAUGCACUCGAACUGUACAGAAAAGUGCCAAAUCUGCGAAUCCUGGCCUGCGGUGGGGAUGGAACGGUGGGCUGGAUCCUCUCCAUCCUGGAUGAGCUACAGCUCAGCCCCCAGCCUCCUGUUGCCGUCCUUCCCCUUGGCACUGGGAAUGACCUUGCUCGCACCCUCAACUGGGGAGGGGGUUACACAGAUGAGCCUGUCUCGAAGAUUCUCUGUCACGUAGAAGAUGGGACUAUUGUCCAGCUGGACCGCUGGAACCUCCAGGUGGAACGAAACCCCGAUUUGCCGCAGGAAGAAAUUGAGGACGGGGCACGUAAGCUUCCACUCAGUGUCUUCAAUAAUUACUUCAGCCUUGGAUUUGAUGCACAUGUCACGCUGGAAUUCCAUGAAUCCCGAGAAGCAAAUCCAGAGAAAUUCAACAGUCGCUUUCGAAAUAAAAUGUUUUAUGCUGGGGCAGCCUUUUCAGACUUCCUGCAGAGAAGUUCCAGAGAUUUAUCCAAACAUGUUAAAGUUGUGUGUGAUGGAACAGACCUGACCCCAAAGAUUCAGGAGCUGAAGUUCCAAUGUAUAGUGUUUUUAAAUAUACCUAGGUAUUGUGCUGGCACAAUGCCCUGGGGUACCCCCAGCGACCACAGAGACUUUGAACCUCAGCGCCAUGAUGAUGGUUACAUUGAGGUCAUUGGGUUCACUAUGGCCUCUCUGGCUGCUCUUCAGGUGGGAGGUCAUGGAGAAAGGUUGCAUCAGUGCCGGGAAGUGACUCUGUUAACAUACAAGUCUAUCCCCAUGCAAGUGGAUGGGGAGCCAUGUCGACUGGCUCCGUCUCUCAUUCGGAUCUCCCUAAGGAACCAGGCCAAUAUGGUGCAGAAGAGCAAGAGGAGGACAUCCAUGCCUUUACUCAAUGAUAUCCAUAAAGGGCGCGCUGCAGACCUGAGAAGAGUCUCUGCUCCCCCUGACUCCUUCACUAUUCCCCACUCCAUCCCAGACCGCCUGCGGAUCCGAGUGAACAGGAUUAGUUUACAAGAUUACGAGGGGCUGCAUUAUGACAAGGAAAAACUGCGAGAAGCCUCCAUACCUCUGGGAAUUAUAGUUAUACGAGGAGAUUGUGACUUGGAGGCCUGUCGUAUGUACAUUGACCGGCUACAAGAGGACCUGCAGUCGGUAACUUCUACUACGCAGAGAGUUCACUACCAGGAUCAGGAAGGUUCCUUCCCACGAGUACUUUCUGUUCAGAGGCUCUCUCCUAGAUGGUGCUUCCUAGAUGCAACUUCUGCUGAUCGUUUUUACCGCAUUGACAGAUCUCAGGAACAUUUGCACUUUGUGACGGAAAUUUCUCAGGACGAGAUUUUUAUCCUGGACCCAGAGCUGGUGAUAUCACAGCAGGUGGGGACGCCGCCGGGAAUGCCGGAUCUGGUAGUGGAGCAGGCCUCUGGAAUAUCGGAUCGGUGGAACCCUGCAGUCCGAAAGCGGAUGCUGAGUGACAGUGGCCUUGGCAAGAUUUCCCCGCACUACGAGGUACCUGACAAACAAAAGGACGCCAGCCAGACACACAUGCUGCAGCCACCCGUCUCUUCAGAAGAUCAAGCACUUUUACAAGCAGUAAUAGACGGUGAUCUUCUAAAGUUCAUAGAAUGCUGUAAGAGAGGAGCUAAUCUGUUAAUCCAGGGACCUGACCACUGUUCCUUGCUUCACCAUGCUGCCAAGACUGGGCACCUUGAAAUUGUGAAAUACAUCUUAGAACAUGGUCCAUCGGAGUUACUGGAUAUGACAGACAGUGAAACGGGUGAGACAGCAUUGCACAAGGCGGCCUGCCAGCGCCAUCGUGGCAUCUGCCAGCUCUUGGUGGAUGCGGGAGCAUCUCUAAGAAAUACAGAUUCCAAGGGUCAGACACCUAGAGACAAGGCUCAGCAAGCUGGGGACUCAGAUCUGGCCUCCUACCUGGAAAGUCGUCAGAAUUACCAGAUGGUUUCCCAUGAGGACCUGGAGACUGCAGUUUGAUGUCCGUGAAGGGGAAGAGAACCCUAGGAAA